UCAACUUUCAACCGACGGCGAAAAGGAGGGGGUGCCGAAUGCGAGUGUGUUAUUUAUUUUGUUGGUUUUUCUUACCUCGGAACUUUCGUCUGGAUGAACAGAUUUUGUUUUUCUGAUGCGUACUGUGUGGUCCCAUUUUAAUCUAGUCAAGUUCUCAGUUCUCACAAAUUGAAGAACAAACAUGAAUCAAUAUGAAACUGAACGACGCCUUUGCUGGUGCUAUGGACUUCUCUCCGCAUUACUUGCUAUAUCAGUUAUAUGCACUGCCAUCCCAUACAAUCAUUGGAGGGGCACCUUAGAUGUGUGUCCAGGAAGCUGGCUUGAAAAUACAAAUUGUGGGUGCAUAUUUUAUGGUGUUAGCACUUUUCAAUACUUUACAGGAGGGCAUAACUCAUACUGUCUGUAUGCUAUAUUUGCUCCACUGCCAAUUUUAGUGUAUGCUUUAGUUAUGGCCUUGUUUCAUAUGUAUAGAGUAUGUAUUAACAACAUUGGACAGUAUGAAGGAGAAAAAUCUACAGGAAUGGAAGAAAUAGAAGGUGAAACAAUAGUAGUGACCACGAGAGCUAGAGUAUCUGAACACAAUGAUGCUGUUAUAUAUUGCUGGAUACCAACCACUGUUAUAGCAGUUGUAUUUGCUAUUUACAACAUUAUCCAUGCGUCUAUAAUGACAGAUGGUUUCUUUAAAACUUGUCAACAAUAUCGGGGAUAUCUUGUUCGGCAAUUGCAUGCUACAGGAGACCAUGCAACUGCAAUACACUUUAGAUUAGCUUGUCAAGCUAUAUUUGACUUCAUGGAUUACAUACAAAAAGAUGGGCUAAACAGCAGACAUGGAGACUACAUCAACACUGGUCUUUCCUUGCAAUUAGCUCUUAUAAGCUCCUGGUUGGCAGUUGUAUUGUGGGUAGCCAUUGCAGUUUUUACCGCGAUAAGAGCACAUAAGGAACGUCACGUGCUGACUUGUUGUGGAAACUAAGCUUUGCGGGAAGUUACCUUAUACAUAUUUUGUUAGAUUUAAAAAUGAUAUGAUUUAUAAAUUAACUUACAAAAUUUGAUAAUUCCAAGAAUAUUUACCUGUAUAAGUACUAAAAAGAUCAGCCUAAAAUGUAGUUUUUUGACUACAGCUACUAUGAUAAGGAUUUCUUAUAAUUUUAUUAACGAAAUUAAGUGAUUAUGAAAUAUUAUCUUUACUUCCAUAGUAAUAAAAUACAGCUGAAAGAUUCGUUUGUUUUUACGCGCUAUUCUCAGGAACUAUUGGACUGAUUUCAAAAAGUCUUUCACUAUUACAUAAUAUGUAAUUGACGCUCGAGUGCUAUAGGCUAAAUCUCCGCGGGCGAAGCCGAAGCGGACUGUUAGUUUCUUAAUAAAAUCUUAAUCUGCAACUUGUAAACAGAAAAUGUUUUGAACAUGCCUUCUGAUAAUAAGUACGAUAUAGAUAUAGAGAAAAAUUCUACAACAAUGAAGCUCCAAAAAUCACUUUAAAAAGUCUGCUUUCUGUAACAUUCAAUUUGUUCACACAAGUGUAGGGAUAUUAAAUAAAAAAAUAUUUUUUUGACUCAAAAGCUGCAUUUAUUUUAUAAAAUAUUGCAUAAUGUAUGAAGGGUUUAAUUUACCUUUAUAUUUAAGCUAAUGUACCACCUUUAUAUUAAGCCAUAAUUUAUUUUUGUCUUAAGAUUUUGUAAGUGCAUAGAAUUAAAUAUAUUUCAGGUAUGUAUGAUUAAACAACAACUAACUAUAUUUAUUUAUUUUAUAAUUUCGUUUUUUCGCAUCGUAGAAGUGAAUAGAUCACAACACACGAAGUGAUUUCAUCAAAUCACACAAUCUAUAUUUAAAUUAGUCACAACUAGGUAGUCUACGUUAUUAUACGGUGAAUACAUAGAUUUUAUAACUUUUUAAUUCUUAUUCAAAUUUAUACAACCUUCGUAACAAAAUAUAUAAUUGUAAUAUCUACUUUAUUUUUACAAAGUUUAAUGGUUUCAAAGGAAGCCUGUGUCCCUAACGAAUAAAAUAGUGUACAGUGGUAACAAAUAUAAGAUCGUUAUUUGUUUCCACUAGGAAUGAAGACGAUCACAAUUUACGGCGAUCUUCAUAAUAUGUUAUUAAUUAAUCUAAUUAAUCUAUAUCUAAUUAAUCUAAUUAAUCUAUAAUUAAAUUGAAGAUUUGGAAGAUUCUAGAAAAUAUCUUUUAGAUACAUAUUUUCAAGGUACUUAUACAUUAUACCAUUUUAUAUUAAGUGAUUGUAAAUGUUAUAAAACUUAAAAAACAAAUAGCUUUAACGCAUGUGCCGUCCCAUUUUGUGUUUUAUUUUCUUAUGUACCUAAUUUUUAAUAAUGAGUAUUUAUUAAUUAUGUGGACCGUAAUAUUACCUAAUA